CACCCUGCCCACCCGGCGCGGACCGGCGGCGGGGGAAGCGCCCAUGAGCCUGUCGGCGAGCUUCCUCGCCGGGCGCCGGAACAUUGGGCCGGAAAUUGAAAUCUCCACCGUCGAGAAGCAGCGGAAGGAGCUGCAGCUGCUCAUAGGCGAGCUGAAAGACCGAGACAAAGAGCUCAAUGACAUGGUCGCCGUGCACCAAAAGCAGCUUCUGUCCUGGGAAGAGGAUCGGCAGAAAGUGCUGACCCUGGAGGAGCGUUGCAGCAAGUUAGAAGGCGAGCUGCAGAAGAGAACCGAGAUAAUCCGGUCCCUCAGCAAGAAGGUGAAAGCGCUCGAGUGCAGCCAGGCCGAGUGCCAGGCGGCGCUGCAGAAGACGCAGCUGCAGCUCCAGGAGAUGGCGCAGAAGGCCACGCACUCUUCGCUGCUCUCCGAGGACCUGGAGGCUAGAAAUGAAAAUCUCAGCAACACGUUGGUGGAACUCUCUGCUCAGGUGGGGCAGCUACAGGCGCGAGAGCAGUCCCUCACCACCAUGAUCAAGCUGAAGGACAAAGAUAUCAUUGAGGCAGUCAAUCACAUUGCCGACUGUUCGGGUAAAUUCAAGUUGUUAGAGCACGCUUUACGCGAUGCCAAGAUGGUGGAGACUUGUAUUGUGAAGGAAAAGCAAGACUAUAAGCAGAAGUUAAAGGCGCUUAAGAUUGAAGUCAGCAAGCUGAAAGACGACCUCAAUGAAAAGACCACAGAAAAUAACGAGCAGCGGGAGGAGAUCAUUCGCCUCAAGCAGGAGAGGAGCGGCCUGCACGACGAGCUGGUGUUUACUGUGGAGAGAGAGAAGAGGAAAGAUGAGCUACUGGACAUCGCGAAGUCAAAACAGGAGCGCACCAGUGCCGAGCUGCACAACCUGAGACAGAUUUAUGUGAAACAACAGAGUGAUCUGCAGUUUCUGAAUUUCAAUGUGGAAAAUUCUCAGGAAUUAGUACAGAUAUACGACUCCAAGACAGAGGAACCAAAGGCUCUGGAGUGCAGCAGAGACAUGUGUUUAUCAGACCUUGAGAUUCACCACUCAAAAGUCGACAUGAAAAGGGAGAAACAUCAGAAGUCACUGGUUAAGGACCAAAAACUGGAGGCAGCGUUGGCUCAGCACAGUAGGCUGGACAGGGGCUCCUGUGACGCCUGCAAGGAGGGCCGGCUGCAGGCGGGCGCUGCAUUCGGGGAGAAGGGCGCGGUCGCACUCUCAUCUCUGCUCACCAAGGACUCGACAGAGAGGCAGAAGCCGUGGUCUCUGGGAGGGAAACUCCAAACUGAGCCUGAAAGCAAAGUGACCUUGUGCAAGGCCCACGCGAAGUCACCAAAGGGCGAUGGAAAUGGGCUUCAGAACGAAGAGACACCCGCGGCCGGCGACAAGCAGUGGCAUGCCGUGAACGUCUACCUGGGCCUGGCCGGCUGCUCUGGCCCCAGACCACCGGAGAAGCUGGAUGUGGAGUGUCAGGGUCACACAGAAAGGGCCGAGAUCUCUUGUGGCCAAGACAGCGAGGCCUGUCUGGAUGACACUGACGUGUGUGAGUCUGCAUGCUGCCACCCCAGCAACCUUGUCGUGGAAGCGCUAGGCCCCGUGUCCGACGUCGAGUGGAUGAACAUCUUCAAGCCUUCCAAGACGCAGAGGAUCGUCCGCCACAAAUCCGUGUGCACCUGCUCAGGAAGCGUUGGUGGCGUGAAACACAGCUCCUCCAUGAGGGAGCUGAUGGCCACCCAGCACACCCACUGUUUGGGUUCUUCGAAGCCUGCCUCGCGGGAGGACGAGGCCGAGGCCUCGUGUGGUAAAAAGAGCCCGAGCAAGCCUUCGUCCGCCCCCAGGGACGCGGUGCUGCCCGCCGAGCAGGACGCCUUCUCGCCCACGAGCAAGCUUCAGCGUUUGCUGGCCGAGUCCCGUCAGAUGGUGACCAACCUGGAGCUGAGCACCCUGCUGCCCAUCAGCUGCGAGACCCUCAGCCAAGGCCAGGGUAGUCUGAGCCAGGAGGCGAUCCCUGUGUCUGUCCUGAGCCCUGGGGGUCUGCAUACGGAUACCCCUUGGCCCUGGAAGUUUUCCUGGAAAUACAUGCUUACGUGGAAAAGAUGCAAGUUCCUGAGGGUUCAUAGGAUCUUCUGCCUGUGGAAGAAGGGGCAGGAAUAAAAAAGCCCCCUCCCCCAAACCCUGCAAAGGACACAGCAGAGGCGAGGGCUGAGCCCCCUUCCGCUACACCCCUUUACCUCCCUGUGAUGUUUGAGCCAGUGUUGCUAUGUUAACUCUCCAAAAAAUCACCCCAAUAAUUUAAAAAUAGAGAAACUACAGCACAGAUGAGCACAUCCCCUACCCCACAGCUGGCCUCUGACUGUGUCAGGUGUGUGCUGGGGCGGAGGGGCAGGUAGGAGCUCAGGCUGGCCUUGCAGUGGUCACUGGGAUUGGGACCAGACACUCUGGUUCCUGGUUGGCUGUUGGGGUUGUGAACCUGUCUCAUGGCAGGCUGGUAAAGCCUGGGGAUCCCUCUGGAAUAAUGUGGGUUUACACCGUUUGUUUCCUUUUUUCGUUUUUAU